AGAAGACUAGUAACUGUUCUUCCGGGGUUUGCCAUCGGACUACCGUACAACAAGAGCAGCCUUGGUAACUUUUUGCCUGUGAGCACAAGGCUGUUGGUACACAGUUACCAAUUAUACGACGUUCUUCGCCAGGCCACCAACCUCGACACCUCACACUCUGGAGCCUUCUGUCACUCCUGGAAAGAUGUCAGAGAAACACAACGAUGCAGCACCACCACCACCAUACUCACCACCCGCCUCCUCCUCAUCUCCAUCAAUCCUCGAUCAACUAAAUAUCACACGCACCCAACACAUCGAGUCCGUAAUCGACACCCACAUCCUCCCCCUCAUCCACCAACGCAUCACCUACGCCAUGGCAACCACGACCCUCGCCCUCCUCCCCUCAGACACAUCCCUCGCGCCCACAAAAUCAGACAGCUCCUCCGGUUUCUCCAAGGACUCCUCCUCCUCUUCCUCUUCUCCAUCGGUUCAAGUCCUCGGCUUCGCCUCCGACACCUCUCCCCCCCACCUCAUCCACCUAUCUGGCCCCAUUAACAGCACAGAAUUCUGGAAACUACCAACCGUCCUACACGAACUCGAAACAAUCCUAACUUCGCGGUUAAAUCCGCCUAGCUACCGAGAUACUACGCUUUCUCCUAAUGCUACUAGUGCUACAAGCGUACCAACCUCAUCGCUACGCUUCUCCCGCCGCAAUCUCCUAGCGAGAGUAAUGCCGUCGUUAGGCCCGGAGCAGGCGUCACCGGGGAAUAACCCAGAGGUUGGCGUGAGACAAGUUCACAAAGCUGCUUCUGAAACGAGCAUGGUUAUGGUGAAAGCGAGGCUAGAGGAGAUUUGUCUGAGGACAGUGAGCGACUUCGGGUUAUACGAUACGAUAUCGAAACAAUGUGUUAUUAUCAAAGUAGAUGCGCAAUCUUGACUUUUUCCAUGUCG